AUGGCUGAGUCGCUAAGUGAAGUGUUCAGCAGUGUAGAAGGUCUAGAGGCUACUGAAGAGGGGAGGAGGAAAUCUAAAUUUAAAAUUUUAAAGAGUUUUUUUGGCAAGAAGGAGAAGAGAGACUCAGAAGAGUUCCAGGAAGAGAGAGUGAAGAGAUCAACUCUGUCGGGUGUCAGUAUAAGCCUGUCUUUUCUGAAGCCAGUUCCAGAAAUUGAAGCAAUGGAUUCCAAACGCAAGAGCAGUGUGGGAACCAAAGCCAUAUCCCAUGAUAGCAUCUUCAGCCUGGAACCUGAACGUGAAAAAUCAAGUACACGAGACCCCUCUUCAGAACAUCUGGGAGGCGGAGCUACACAGAUUCCACCUCUGCACCCACACAAACCCAGAGUCAGACCCACUGAUAUUCAAACUGAGACAACCUCUAAGGCUUUUGAAAAAAUGCAUGUUGGUGAUAAGGCACCAAAGAGCCCCAAGAAGCAGUCUUCUCCAUAUCGUCCAUUGACACCAAUGAAGAGCAUCUCUGAACUAGCAUCAGAGCCUGAUCAAUCAGAGUCCUCUCCAAGCAGCGCCCAGCAGCCUUUGGAUUUCAGUACUCCAGCCAGUACACAGAAGUGCUUGGAUUCUUCAGCUGCUCGACACAAGAUGACUUUAAAUCCUCAUAAACAAAAGAAGAAGGCCACUUACACAACUGUGAAAUCAAAGCAGGAAGAACCACACCUUCCAGGGAUUUCUAAAGAAAAGGCUACAACCAAGUCAAAACAGGCUGACCAAAAGGAGAAGAAAAGAGAUGGCACAGGAACCUCAAACCAGGAGCAGAGCAGCAAAACUGCGAGUCAGGAAAAGAGAACACAUGAUCAGGCUCCAACUACACAUGUUGCCAUAAGCACAGAGUACUCAAUUUUAGAAGGAAAUGGCAGAAGACAUAGAAGGACAAAAGAUGAGUGGGGAUACAUAGAAAGAGGCCUCUCACAGUCCACUCAAAUGCAUGAUAUGGGUCCUAAAGCUAAGUUCACACCUACCGAAAUGAAGGCUUCUGGGGAGCACUCUUCCAUGGAACAUGUAAUGGAAAAGCAAGUCACAGGGCAGCUCACAGCUCCAGAGGCAGAAACCACUGCUUCUCAGAAGGUGUUUUCAGAUAAAAGAGAUAUUGAAAGAAAAAGGGCAGAUUUAGAAACCAAAAGAGGAUCAGCAGCACAACCUAUCCCUCAAGAUGUGGAAGGGUCCAUGGCGAGUGUUCCACCACCACACCAUGGAGAUGAGGCUUCUGGAACCAAGAAGAUAAAAGAUAAAGCUUAUUUCUUGCCAUGGGCAGGAAGUCGUACAACCCAGGAAGAGACCACAGUCUCAAGGGCGGCAGAGGCCCAGCUUCAUAUGCAUCCUUCUAAUAUCUCGUCAGAAGAGGAAGAACCAUCCAGACCUGGUUUGCACAAAUUUCACUCUAGAAAGGAGUUAGCCUUGGAUGCCCCAAGUGUAUACAAAGAAAAGCAUCACAGAAAUGUUUUACAGACCUUUCCAAGAAGUGCUUCCAGAAUGACAAGUACUACAGCACAAGGUAAAGUUUCCAUGAAGAGGUGGCCUCAGAGAACCUUUUCCCAGUCCUUGACACAGUCUAAAGAAAAGGAAGCCUCCUCAGAGUCGAAGAGUACUUCAGAGUACGAGAGUAGUUCUGAGGUACUGCUGGUUCCUGGACAGUCUUCCCAAGCCACGCGGAAGCCUAAAGAUAAAGAAAUCCUCCUUAAAACAAGAAGUUUAGAUACGGUACUGAGCAAUAUAGAGCAGCAGGUGCCUCUUGAAUAUUCUUCCCAGUUCGUAGGAAAACCUAAAACUGAAGAAGCCUCCUCAGAUCCCCGAAGUUCUUCAGAAGAGCACAAAAGUUCUGCAGAAGUGACAUCUGGUCACUCUUCCCAGUCCUUGGAGUUUGAAGAAUGCUCAGACUCAAAACGUUUUAUCAUGGCUUCUGUCCCUGAAGACCAGCUGGCCCCCAAAAGCCAUUUCCAGGCCUUACAGGGGUUUGAAGAAAAAGAAGUCUCCACCAAAUCAAGUAGUUACAUUGAGAAGUACAAAAGUUCUGAGGAUAUGAGCAGCUCAGAGGGAGAUCAGCCUCUUGAGCACCCUAAGCAGCCUAAGCACAGAGGCCAAAACAAAGUGUCCUUGGUUUCCAAGAGCACUUCAAAAAAGUGGAGUGUUUCUGGCAAGAUGAAGCCUUCCGGAUACCCUUCUCCACCCACCGUGAGUCCUACUAUUCAGCAGCAAGCCUCUACUUCAAGGAGCAUUUCUACAGGAGAGAGCCAAGCUGUGGAGCCAGUGCCACCCAGCCACACUGUGAAGUCAUGGAUGAAUCCUAAAUCUGAACGUGAGGACAUCUCAAAUCCAAACAGCACAACCAUGGAAGAAAUUGUUUCUAUGGAGGCACCACCUCCCCAACAUCAUUCUCAGCCUCCAACCAGACCAAUAUUUGAGCAAGAAGUCUCUUCAGGCCCAGAGAUUGCUAUUGUUGAGGAAAGCCUUGAUACCCAGCCUCCCAGAUAUUCUCCCCAACCCUCAGUGAGACCCAAAAUCAAAGAAGUAUCUUUGGGUGCAGAAAGUGCUGCACUUAAGAAAAGUGUUCCUAUGGAGCCCUUGUCUUCUAAGAAACAUCCUCCGUAUCAGAAAUCUGCUUCUGAGAGAGGUAUUUCUCUGGAUCCAAGGCCUCAUGCACAUCUUUUCAAGCCAUGGGUGAAACAUCAAGCAAAUCAACCGCUGCCUUCAUUGCCAGAAAGCAUAGCUGUUGAAGAGGACAGCUCUAUGGAGCCUCUGCUCUCUCAUCUUUCUCAGUCUAUGAUACAACCUAAAGUUUACCAAAGUGUGUCUUCAGAAUAUGAGAGCAUUGCUGCGAAGGUCAUUUCCACAAACCCAUUGCCUUCUUCCCAGGCCUUACCAAAUCCUCAAGGCCAAGAAAUCUCAGAAAGCACCUCUGUUGAAGAUGCUACUCUGAUGGAACCGCUGUCUCCUUCUCAGCCUUUAGUGAAGACCAAAUCCCAGCUGCAGAUGACCAAAGAUUCAAUGAGCACCUCUGCCCAUAAAUUUAAACACGUCUCUGCAGUUACAGAAAGCUCCGAGGCUGAGGAGAACAUUUCUGUGCAGCCAGUUCCUCCCAGAUGCCCUUCACAGCCAAGGCCAACCCCUACAUUUGAGCAAAUCUCUGACUCCCCAGACACUUCAUUACUUCCCAGAAUUCCCCCUAAGCUCUUGAUGGGAUCAGUAAUCAAGCAACCAGUCUCUGAAAAGUCAGUGAGUACUUCUGCACCGCAGAGACGCUCUGUGGAACCAAUGUCUUCCAGAUUCCCUUCACAGUCAAGAGGAAUCCCUAUGUUCAAGGAGGGAGUAUCUGCAGAUCCAGAGAACUAUAUAGCAGAGGACAGCACGUCUGUGAAGCUGAGGCCACGCAGACAUCAUUCUCAGCCCCCAAUGAGUUCAGAAGCCAAAGAAGUUGCCCCAGGUUCAAUGAGAGCUUCUGGAGAAUGGAGUGGUCCUGUGGGGCCAAUGCCUUCAAAAUACCCUUCUCAGCUAUGCCUGGGUCCUGAAUUUGAGCAGAAACACUUUUCAAAUCCAGAGGGUGUUGCCACAGAAGAGGGCAUUUCUAGGGAGGUGCAGCUUUCCAGACAUCCCUCCCAAGCCAUUAUCAAACAUAAAGUCCUUAAAAUAGCCUCAAGUUUUGAGGGUUCUGCUAUUAAGGGAAGCAGUUCUUGGAAGCCGCUUCCCCCCAAAUGUCCCACCCCAUUCUUAAUGAGAUCGAAAGUUCAAGAGCUGACCGCACGUCUAGAGAAUGCCACUGCUCAAAAAGACAGCUCUAAAAAACCACAGCUUACUAAAGCUCCUUCCAAGACAUAUGUGAAGUUUAUGGCAGAGCAAAUCUUUUCAGAGAGCCCUCCCGAGGACACGGCCAUUUAUGCAAAACCUCUGCCUCAAAGUCACCCUCCCAAAGGUUUGAUAAAGCCUAAACGUGAGGAGCAAGAAUUCUUAUCUCACUGGGGUGAUGAUUCCAAAGGAGACAUUCUUUUGAAGAAACUGCCUAUGAAGCAUCCUUUCCAGUCAUCUGGAAGGCCUGAAGAGCCAGAAGAAGCUCUGUCGUAUUCCAAGAGUGUCCCUGUGAAGUGGAGCAGUUCAAAAGGUCAGAUGUCUGCGAGGGAGCUCUCCCAGCCAUUGGAGAUGCUUGAGUACAGGCAGGAAGCCUCACUUUCUGUCAGUUAUCCUGAAGAUUGGAAGAGAGCUGAAGGACAGCUGCCUUCCACACAGCCUUUUCAAGCCUUAAAUGUGUCUGAAUUGCAGCCACCCAUUUUAUCAGCAGCCUCUGUGAAUGUUCCUGUGGAAUGGAGCCCUCCUGAGGAGCAUCUGACUCCCAGUCAGCCUACUCAGGCUUUCAGAAUCUCUGAGUAUCAUAAGCAACAUGUUUUUCCAAGUUCCACCAGUGCUGCUGCUGAAGGAACCACUUCUGAGAAGGGUAGUGGUAGCAGGUACAUGCCAAAAAGCUCAGCUUCUCCAAAGAAAACCAAGGAACGCAUCCAAGCCUUUGAAGAGCUCAUUAAGAGCACCCCAACUUCUACUAUCAAACCUGGCAAAUUCACUGCUGUUCCUACCCAGAAAGCAUCUAUUUCUAGGGACAUUUACUUUAAGGAGGAAGUUCCUAAGAGUCCUAAUGGAGAUAAGAGUCCUCCAAUCCUAAGCACCAGCAAAGCUGAUAUAGAAAAUGUCUUUGGAGUCCGACUGAGACCAGUCCUCCCACGGAAGAGUGAGAAAGGUUAUGAGAAAACAGAAGAUGUAACCCCACCUCCUUCGGUGCCCUUUGGCCCAAUUUUAUCCUUAAUAAACAAAGAACAGAGCAUGAGAAAAAGUUCUUCCCAAGGGUUCCAUGGAACCUUGGAGAAGCCCAGCUCAACAGAUAGCUUUGCCGAAAAGCUGCAGGGCAGACUCAAACCAGAAGGCAGUGUCAAGAAGCAAGGAGUUUACAGGCUUCCAGGAAAGCCCCCUGGAUCAAAGUCAGAUUAUACCACUACAGAACCAUCUUGGAUAUCCAUGGCAAAACAGAAGCAGAGGAGCUAUGGGGAAAGACCUAGGAGCAGAGCUGAAGCCAGGGCUGAGACCAAGGAACCUAGAUGUGAGGUAGCAUAUGAGCUAACCCUGCAAGCACUAGAAAAGGAAAUUGAAGACCUACCAAGAAGAUUUUCUUCCUCUGUCCCUGCACAGGAUAGGCUACAGACAAAGCAGCCUAAAUCUGAAAUAUCAGUUGCAUUUCAAGAUCAGAGGAUGCUUCGCAGCCCAUUUACUGGGGAAAGAGAUACCAAGAGAUCUUUAAAUCUUCCACCCAGAUUCCAACAGCCUGAGGAGCCUGUCUGGUUCUCCAUGGCCCAGAAGAAAGCCAAGGCAUGGAGCCACAUAGCAGAGAUCAUGCAAUAAGUAGCUUUUGGGUGGAGCAUCCUAUUUUCAGUGAUAACUGCAAAUAGCUAUGGUAAUCUCAUGUAAUAAUCUUUACUAGGACCAGUUUUUAUUAAGUAAAAUAAUCUU